AUGACAUCCUCCGCAAGACCUCCUCUUGGAAAGUUCCUUGCGUCUGCAGACAAGAAGACUCGCGAUAAGGCCAUAAAAAACCUCUCUGUGUUCCUCUCUGACACCCAAAAUGUCCUUCCAAAAUCUGAUAUGGACAAGUUAUGGAAAGGGAUUUUCUAUUGCUUCUGGAUGUCCGACAAACCACUUGUCCAACAGGCUCUCGCAACAGAGCUGGCUGAAUUGAUUUUGACCAUCGCAUCUACGACUGCUUCCCUCGCCUUCCUACGUGGUUUCUGGAGAACAACUGUCCGGGAAUGGAACGGAAUUGACCGCCUAAGGAUCGACAAGUACUAUAUGCUAAUUCGUCGCUUCGUUAAUGCGACGUUUAGACUUCUCACCCGCGCAAAAUGGAACAACGGUUCAUGUCAGGAAUAUAAUCGCAUUUUGACCGAGGAGGGUGGGCCUCUUUGUCCUGAUGAUCCGCGAGUUCCCUCAAGCCUGGCAUCUCACAUAGCUGACAUUUACAUGGAAGAGCUCGAAAAAGCACUAGGAAGCACACCAGACGCGCUACCAGCCCCUCUGGGAAUCCUACUCGAUCCUUUCGUUGUUCUAGCUGCCCGAACACCCGCCAAGGUUACUUACAAUCGUCUUCAGUCGGCAUUAUUCGAGCCUUUGCUGGAUGCAUUGUCUUCUGAAAAUUCAGAAGAUGAACCUAAAGCAAAACGGAUUCGUCUAAGUGAUGGUCCAUCAUAUCCUCAUUUGCUUGCUGGGGCUUGUCUUGAGGAUCCUGAGCAAGAAGGACGGGUCGAAAGAAUAGCUCUGAAGAAACAUCUAUUAAGGAGGAUGUUCGAGAUGGCGAGUCAGCCGGAGACGAAAGAUUCAAACCGACGAAAGAUGUAUGCACUGUGGAAGGAGAGUUAUGAGGAAGAUCCAGGCGCUGAGUAA